AUGGCUGCCUACAACAAGAUUGUUGCCUCUGAUCCACCUUCAAAUGUCAAUGUUGAACCAUCACCCGCAGUUCAGCCUAAACCUAAACUACCCCAGAUAUAUAUAAGUAAGUUUGGUGGACAGUUGGAACAAUUUAACUCGUUUAAAGCUUUGUAUGAUAACUUGAUUCACAAUACUUCUUUGGCCCCAAUGGAGAAGUUUAGUUAUUUAAAGAGCUUACUAGAAGGCCCCGCUUUGUCUAUUGUUGAAGGCAUACCAUUCGAUCCAGACAAUUAUAAGUUAGCUUAUGACUCUUUGGUUGAACGCUACACCAAUCCCCGUAUCUUGGCUUGUUUUUAUCUCAAUAAAAUACUAGAUCAGCAACCUGUAAAGACCCCUAGUCUAAGUAGUUUAAGACAAGUUCUUGAUGUGUUUCAUAUUAAUGUCCAAGCGUUGAAAAGCCUAAAAGUAGACGAUUUGUCAGAUUUUAUGUUGCUACAGUUAGCGCUACGUAAUUUAGACAAUAGUACCAGGAAAGCAUUUGAGUUAGAACUUAAAUCUAAGCAAUUUCCCACCUUAGAAGACCUUAUGGAAUUUCUUCGUGCUCAGUGCUGUGUCUAUGAACUCACUAAAGAAUCUCACAAAUCUACUUUAGUUUUGCCCAAGUCACAGAUCCCUCAUACUCGCAAAACAUUGUUCUCAUCUCACUCAACUCAUCGCAGUACAACUCAGUCUGACCGCACAGCAACCCAGUCAUCUUAUCGUCCCGCUAUCAGUUGUCCUAUGUGUAAAGGUGAACACCAACUGUACCGAUGUGAUCAAUUCCUCGCUUUGGCCCCGCACAAACGUUAUUCUACAGUACGUUCAUUCAAUCGUUGCUUCGCAUGUCUCGGUUCCCACCUCAUUUCCAUGUGCACUUCUAAGUCGAGCUGUCGGGUUUGCAGAAGUAACAGACACCACUCUCUACUCCAUGAACCAAGCCGAGUCACCGCACCGCUGUCUAAGCCAAAUGUGAAUCCUGACCUACCUCAAACCUCCGCUGCGCAUUCAUCGCCCUCAACCACCGUCAACCCCGUGCCUACUACUUCGGUUAACACUACACCGCCUGCUCAAACGUUAUCCUGUCAGUUUCAGCAUAACUCAAUGAGUAAUUCUACCCUGCUAGGUACCGCUCAAGUGUUGGUUCAAGAUGCUCUAGGCCACUGGCAAGUUUGCCGGGCUGUUAUUGAUGGAGGUAGUCAGAUUAAUUUUGUUACUCAAUCUCUAGCCCAGACAUUACGUUUACCAAUCAGAAAAUGUAAUGUUAACAUUUCCGGAAUUGGCCAACAAUCUGAUUUAACCGCAAAAGGACUUGUCACUUGUAACGUUGCUUCCCGCUAUAACAGAGACGAUAACAUUCAGAUUGACGCAGUAAUAAUUCCUCAAAUCUCUUCUGUACUUCCGGCUGCACCUAUUCCCGAAUCAUUGAUAAAUCGUUUCAAUUCUAUACAACUGGCUGACCCUGAUUUUCACCGCCCUGCCAAGGUUGAUAUUUUGUUCGGAGCACAGGCUUUCACAGACAUUCUUUCGGAUGGUUUCGCGCUUAUUAAAGGCAAACCAAGCGCCCUCAGCACAAUCUUUGGAUGGAUCCUUAUGGGUGAUGUUCCCAAACAGCCCAUGCAACAACACGAACUAAAUUCUUUGUUUGUUUCAUCUCAAAGCACUGAUAGGCUCUUAGAAAAGUUCUGGGAAAUGGAAGAAAUAAAUUUACCAAAACCCUUAAGUCCCUCUGAUCAGGCAUGUGAAGACCACUAUCAGUCCACCAUCCAGAGGGAUAAUACCGGACGUUACGUGGCCUCUUUACCCUUUAAAGACGUUAAACCUGACUUAGGCUCCACUUUGAAAAAUAGCUCUCCGCAAGUAUCUCCAACAAGAGACAAGAUUUCACAAGAAACCAGAUAUUCGUUUUCAAUACAUGACUCAUAUGCAGAACUAUGUUGA